GGAUGGGCAGCAUUUCCUCAUGACGAGCUGGUUCACCGUUUGUUUUAUUCUGGAUUUGUUGCUGGUAAAGUAUUAGAUGCAGUUACAGUGGAAAGUCUUGAAAACUCGUUGUGAUAAACUGCAUUAGAGAUUGGCCAGUGGACCACAGAGACAAGGCUUAGGAGAGAUGUAUGACUACAUUGAAGAGGAUGGUUACCCCAGUGACCAGCAGUCACUAAGGUUACGACGGGUUUCAACUCGAGUGUCCAAUCGAAAUGAUCGUCAGUACGACUUGAGCUCGACCCCUGCAGAGGAGAAGGAAGAGGGCAACAGUGGACCGCCUCGGGACCUCAGGGCCAUUCCUUUGCCCAUGGCCCUAAAAAGAGCUGUGAGGCAGGUGCAGCAGAUGCAGGUUCCUGUGGUUUCCAGCAGGCAGUCCUGGAAACGGAAACAGACCAAAUCUCUGCAAAAACUAAAGGAAAACGCCAGAGGAUCUCUCUACUUUUUCAUACUUUGGAGAAAGUCUUUGCAAAAGAUUGGAGGGAACUUUGGAGGUGGCGUCCAGUCUUACUUCCUGUUCCUGCGAUUCUUGGUGGUGCUCAAUUUUGUUUCCUUUUUACUGAUUGCUGGAUUUGUCCUCAUCCCCAGCAUUGUCUUCAGAUCUGUUGGGACCAAUCUUGUGAACAGCACUGGUCCAGAUGAAUGCAUGAAUUAUGACCCUAAUCCUCAAGGCUUGGUCAUGUUCUAUAAUUACUUCCUUGACUUACUUUCGGGAACGGGCUUCAUGGAGUACUCAUACCUGUUUUACGGCUACUACAACAACACGAUGGUGGAGGACAAAAACUUCUCCUACAACAUUCCCCUGGCCUACCUCUUCACUGCCGUCUUCUACUUUAUCUUUUGUCUCCUUUGUAUCAUUGCACGCAUGGGGACUGCAGCUCGAGUUGCCGUGGCAACAGGAGGCGCCACUGUGGGCAACUACAGCAUGAUAGUUUUAACCAGCUGGGACUAUGGUUGCCAGGGAGACCGAGCUACCGAUCUGAAGCAGAAGAACAUCCGCUAUCGGCUACAGGUGGAUCUGGAGGAGGAGAGCAUGAAGAAAAGGGCAGCCGCUCUGACUUUGAGUCAAAAAAUAGUUUUAUACACUCUACGUGUUGCCAUGUGUUUUCUUUCAUUUGGGCUCAUUAUAGCGGCCUUCUACGGCAUCUUCAUGGCCACCAACUUCAGCCAGGGAAGGAGUGGUGAGAAAGGGAUCGCGGGUUUGUUUUAUGAGUAUCUACCUUCCAUUGUCAUCACCGCUGGAAACUUUGUGGUGCCGCUGCUUUGUGACCAAAUUGCCCUGAUAGAGCGAUACUCCCCCAGCAACACCGUCAUAGUGGCACUAUUAAGGGCAGUGUUUCUUCGUCUGGUGAGUCUGGGUGUUCUUCUCUUCACCCUGUGGCGUCAGAUCACCUGCGAUGGCUACACAAAUAGUGAAGGUUGCAAACUGUGCCAUUACAACUAUAAAGUCUACCCGUGCUGGGAAACACGCGUAGGACAGGAGAUGUACAAGCUGACACUGUUUGACCUCCUCAUCAACAUUGCUUUGCUCAUCCUGGUGGAGUUUCCACGCAGGAUGGUGGUGGAUAACUGGUCCAGUAAACUGGCUCAGUGGGUGGGUCGGCAGGAGUUUGUAGUCCCCGCCAACGUGCUCGGACUGGUUUAUGGUCAGACUGUGGUUUGGACAGGAGCUCUUUUUUGCCCUCUGCUGCCGCUCAUCAACACCAUCAAGUUCAUCCUCCUCUUCUACUUCAAGAAGGUCACACUCUUCCAUAAUUGUCGGCCAGCACUGAAGACAUUUCGCUCCACCACCUCCACCUUCUUUUUCCUGGUGGUACUCAUGAUUGGCUGGGGCCUGGCCACAGCUGUCAUGGUUUACAGUCUUGCUAAGAUUCCUCCUUCUAUGGGUUGCGGUCCUUUCCGUUUCUUCCCCAGCAUGUGGUCGAUUGUUCCAACAACUUUCCACCUCCUCUCUGAAAUCACACAGGAGUUUCUCUUCUUCAUUGGUUCUCAGGCAUUCUCCAUCCCCCUGUUUGCGUUAUCUUGUGUGGUGAUGUGCUAUUUCGUAGCCUUAGCCUCUGUUUAUGGGAAAAGUGUUGACAUGCUAAGAGGUCAGCUUAAACUGGAGGGCCGUGACAAGCAGUUCUUGGUGAAGCAGAUUGAGCAGCUGAGUCGACAACAUCAGAUCCUAAAACAUGCUGCAGGAGCACAUGAGUGAUCAAAGCAUAAGGACCAUGUUUUGGUUUCACGACCUUCUAAACAUGAAACAAUAUGACAAAGUGCCUGAAAGGACUGUAUGCCCAGGCAGUGUCAUAUAAUGCUGGCUGGGGUUUAUCAGAUAAUCCUGCAACAAGAUUAAUUAAAAAAAGAUGUGGUUCUCCACCGACUUUACAGAGCUCAGUGUUUUAGGGACAUGAAAACGUAUUCAUUAUUAACCUACCUAACUAAGUGGUAUAUGAUUAAAUUACAUAAGCAAGGUAUAAAUGGUGUCUUUGUUAUAAAUGCAGAGUUUCCUCACUUUUUUUUGUCCAUGCAAAUGGAGAUAUCCUGUAUUUUCCUUUUACAUAAUAAAAUGAGAGGACGUAUAGCCCCCUCUA